AAGACGCUGUUUGGUAGGUCGUUUCACUGGAAACGAUGUAUAUUUAGAAUAUCCGUUCGUCCCUACUUGGUUGAAAUGUGUUCAGUGCAUUUCCAACUUGGACAUUGACAGCGAUUGUGAUUACUUUGGAUUUACUUUUAUGCUAUCUUGUUGUGUUAAUUUCUUCGAUGGUGUAUUUCGAUUUGAGAUGCGAUUGUGUUGUGUUUCAAUUUUUUGUGUGUUUCUUGUGAUAUAAAAGGAACUUUUUGCGUGAACGCGUGUGACAUAUAAAAGCGACGGACAAUAAUAUGCACAUUUUCCUCGACAACAAGAACAAAGAAAAUUCGCAAAGACGUAUAACACUUUAUUAGCAGACGCACCAGCCUGUUGAUCUAAACACGUGUCUGUGCAUACGUGAAAUAAAACGAGAGGAUGCGAGCGGUCAACGCGCGCGUAUAAUAAAUAUCGAAUGCAAAAAUGAUUAAAAGGAACGGUGAUAAUGUAUUUGCGAUCGCGUCGAGCAACAAUCAGUGUCAGACCGCGCGGAGCGCUGUCUCGCUCUGCCCCGCCAGCGCGGCCACGAGGAUACCGCGAGCCACUACCGUCAGGAUGACGCCGCCUGACGCGCAGCAAAACACCAAGGAGGCGAGCAUAGCACUCUCAAUUUACGUGGAAAAGUGGAAAAACAAAUAUGAAGAAUCCGAGAGGAAACACAAGGCAAAUCUUCUCAAAUCAGAAAAAGCGAAGCGUGAGUACGAUGACCUCCAUCGUCGGUUCAACAUCACGCAUGAGGAGAGAAACCACCUGGAGUCCGAGCUGAGAGAGCGGGAGAGGGAGCUGAACAAACUGCGCAAUGUUUCCGAGAAACUUUUCAAGGAAUACCAGCAGUUGAAGAACCAGCAUGAAAUCGACGCCGGAGUUAUGCAUAAGGUUAUGCAGCAGGCGGGGGAGUGGUACAAGCAGAAUAAACGACUCAAGAGACGCAGCACGGCCAUACUCCAGGCGUUGCCAGCGAAGGCGGUCGAGAUCGACCUCACUGACUCUUCCGAGGCGGACGCUGCAUCAGACACAAGCACGAACGAAGAGGUAGACUUUCUAAAGCAAACAGUAGCGGAGCUGAGCCGGCAGGUGGCCGAGCUGCAGACUGAGCUGAACGCGAUCAAGCUGCAGGAGUUUGAGGCGCAGGAGCUGAACGUUGCACUUGGACAAGAACUUGAAGAAGAGAAAGAAAAAUGUUCCGUCCAAGAGAAAGAGCUGGAAGAAUUGAGGACACAGAUAGAGAGACACAAUCGAGUGUCCAAACUGUUGAUGGAAGAAGUGACCGCGCUCAGAGACAACGCCGACAGGGACAGGGAGAUGGCCGAGACGUACAAAUCCGAAGCGAGAGAUGCAAAGAAACGCGUCCGCGUGUUAGCUCACCAGAGUACGUUACUCAUGGGAGAGUUGGAGAUGGAUGACAGGCUCAUGAUGCUCAUCAACGAGGUGGAUUCCCUCAAACAGGCGCUGGAAAGUCAGGCUUUGAGGCAUAGUGAGCAGAUUGACGAGUUGCAGUUAAAACUAGCAGAGAAACACGAAGACACAGACAUAUUGCUGUGGGAGGAAAAGAUUCGUCUAGCGGAAGAGGACGCUAGCAAAGCGUUGCUGAGAGCGGAGGCCGCGGAGCGGAGGCUGGCGGCCGCGGAGCGGAGGCCCCGGAGGGGGAGCCUCAUGUCCAGGAUCAGCUACUUCGAGAAUGGCGGGGAGAAAGUAGAAGGAACGGAAGAAGGAAGGAAAGAAGAGGUACCGGUUAUUGCGGAAGAACCCCAAGAACAGCCACAGCGCACACCCUCCCCCCCACCUCAGCCCCCAGCCGCCCCCUCCCCCCCGGCACCAUCGAUCCCUCCCCCUCCCCCGCCGCCCCCCGCUUCGCUGCCUCCGCCUCCGCCCCCUCCCCCGCCGCCACCUCCAGUGUUCGUGGCGACAUCUUGCGAGGAGGAUAUGAGCAAACUGUUGGCGGGGAAGCAGGGGACGUUGAAGAGAGCUAAGCAGAAUGAAGCAGGCGGCGCCGCGAUCGACGCGAUCGUGGACCAGAUAAAGGGCGGCAAAUUCCACCUGAAGCCCCGGGAGCAGGCCGUGGACAAGCGCAGGGAGGAGCCGCCGCAGGCCGUGAGGGAGAUGCUGGCCAUCCUCGGCUCGCUGCGCCGGCGCCGCGCCGCCAACUGUUGACCGCAACUGACUACUAUAUUAUACUUUUUCCUAACUUUUUCCCGUAGCCAUAUCGUUCCGUGGAUGUCGCAGCCCCGGAUUUACGAUUUUUUCGAAUCGAGGCUUAAACUUGAUAUUGUGGCGCCCCCAUACCCAAAAGAGGCUUCAUUUUUUUGAUAUUUCGAAUUCUGGUCUCGAGGAUUUGGCGCCCCCAUGAAACUGCCGCCCGGGGCAAGUGCCACGGUUUGACCCCAAGUACAAGUGACGAUACAUAAACUUGACCAUUGAUAAAGUUAUUUUUGAAAAAAAAAAAUUCUUUGACAUGUACAGAUUUUGGGUGUAUGUUUAAUAGAUUUUGUUGGUUCAAAGUUUACAGCACACACCCUCCCCCCACCUCCAAUUCAAAUCUCUCUUACAGGCAGACAUUGACGACAUCCAUGAAAUAAUUUUAUACUAGGAUAUACUCGACAAUAUGCGAUGCAUUUCGUUAUGUUCCAUUUUAUGUAUGAGUGAUGUACGAUCUCUAUUUGACAUGGGGUAUAACCUCACUAUUCUCAUGUGAGUUAUUAGGUUAAUCGACCCGUACCUUGCACCUUGAAUUUCAAAGGUUAUAAAAACGCUUGACGAUGUUUUUAAACAGACAAGUUGUUCACUAUAUUUAAAAAGUAUAUAAAUAUAUUAGAAUCUCAAUCUAUUUAUAAAUUUUCGACAAUUUAUAUGAGAAAAAUGUAUAUGAAAAAUCUAAAGAGACUUUCUUUUUAUUUUCUGUGUGCUUAUUAUUGGAAUUGUAAAUUUACAUGAAAUGUAAAGUCAGUCAUUUCAGUAUUUAUUAAUUUCCAAAAUUAAUAAUGUACUUCUGAUAGAAUUUAUUAUAUAUUUCUAAAUCUAAAUUCAAUACUUCUACGCAUUAGUUUAUCUUGUAGCCUUUUGCAUACAUUGCUAAUUAUUCGAAAACCAUUUUUAUAAUAAUUAUUCCAGCUAGGUCGUAAUGACUAAUUCAAAAUUUUAAAAGAAUCGUAUAUAGUAUAUUUGUGAGAGUGUUAACAAAAUUGAAAUGUUUCUUGUUUCUAAUUCUAAGACUUUUUUGGGAAAAGUUAAAUUUAAUAAAAUAUUACACCUUGCACCCGAAAAUAACAUAGAGAAAAUCUUAUUUUUUCUAUAUAUAAAGACAUAAGCAUUUAAUUUUUUUUUAUUGUAAUAAAUAUAUAAGUUAGAAACAUAUUUUAAUUAUUACACUAGUUACAAUCACAUCAGAAGCAUCAGAGGCCUAAUAUAUAGAAAUAAAGUCCUAUUUUGACAAUAUUAGUUUAAAAAAAAAACGAUACCUCUAAAAAAAUAAAAAAAUUGUCAAUUAUAAAGUACAACAAAUCAAAAAUACAAAUAUAUUGCCAUGAUUUUUGUAGUUAUCCUAUUGCCAUUAUGUACAUAAUUAUUACUAUUUUUUAUAUACUAUUAGUUAAGGUAAAUAAUUUUAUAGUUAUAUUUUCAAGUAAGUAUUAAAUUGUGUUACCAAAAUUUCUUUAAAUAACCUUAAAGGAAAUUUGUAUUAUUAGCAAAGUAUAAAGUAUAUAAAUAGCAAAAAAAAAUAUAUUAAAAAUAUUUUACAUCAAAAAAGUUGGAGUAAGAAAUAAAGAUGAAGCACGGUCGUGCUUUAGCCAAGUCCUGUUUAAUACAUUGUAGUUGACAUUCAAGCUGUCACAAUUUGACUUUAAUAGUGACUUAACGUUUUUUAGUUAAUUUGCUUUUAGAAAAUACUCUAAGAUUGUAAUACUUAAAUAUUUUACCAGAAUAGAAAUAUACAUUUUAUAUAAAUAUUUUAUAUGCUGAAAUUUUUAGUAUGGCCUUCCACUUUGAUAUUAGCAAGUUACCGUAGGUGCCAUUGAAAUUAUAUUGCAUAUCUGAAACUGACACAAAAUUAUACGUUUUUUGUAAGUAUUGAAUUAUAUAGUGCUAGUUAGUGUUAAUGUUAAAUUUAUAUUUUGAAAUAAAUAUUUGACAAAAUA